AUGCCCCGCUGCGGCCCUGUCAGCCCCGCUACGGCCCCACUUAGGCCCCACUACGGCCCCGUCGGCCCCACUCUGGCCCCACUUCGGCCCUGCUACGGCCCUGCUAAGGCCUCGCUACGGCCCCACUUCGGCCCAGUCGCCACCGCGGCCCCGCCAACCCUCGCGACCUCGCCACCACCUACGACCCCGCCGCCCUGCGCCCGCAGCGCCGAGCAGCCGAACCGCCGGCCAGCUGAGCCGCUCGACCGCCCGAGCCGCCCAGCAACCGAGCCGCCCGGCAGCCGAGCCGCCCAGCAGCCGAGCCGCCCAGCAGCCAAGGCGCCCAGCAGCCGAGCCGCCCUGCAGCAGAGCCGCCCGACACCCGAGCCGCUGAGCAGCCCGAUCGCCCCACCUACCUGGCAAGAGCACAGUCUCUGCCACUGCACUGCCCUGCCUACUGCUAUUAUGGCUUCCCCUAGCCUUCUCACCUUUGACGCUGAGGGUUGGGCAGUGGACUUUGAGGUCAAGGUAGAUGACCUGCAGCUUUUCCUGCAGUGCGAUAGGGGAGACGGCCUCUACCUGUUUGACCUCACUUCUGGUGCCUCCCCUGCCCCUGCUGCUGAUGCUGACGCCACUGUUCGCUCACAGUGGGCCACACGUGAUGCUGCUGCUCGCCUUGCUGUGCGCCGUCACUUGCCGACCACUGAGCGUGCACACAUUAGCCAGGACCACUUCCUCGCAGUUUGCCCCACCACUCUCACUGUUGACCUCCUCGAGAAGGCCCUCCUAGCGAUAGAGAAGAGCAUAGUCAAUGUAGGAGCCUCUCGUGGUGACCCUCACACCCCCGUCUUUGAGGGGUGUUCUCCCUCCCCCCUCUUGCCCUCUGUUGCCUCUACUACUGCGGCCGACCUCGUUGGUUUAGAGUCGGUCGGCGCUGCGUCUCCCACGAGCGGGAGACGCCGCACCGGCAAGGGCAAGGGGGGCAAGGGUGCUGGAGGGGGUGGAGGGGGCAGUGGAGGUGGUGGUGGAGGCGGUGGAGGGAGUGGGGGUGGUGGUGGGAGUGGUGCCGGGGGUGGCGACCGCAACGGCAGCAGUGGAGGCGGCGGAGGCGGUGGAGGUGGCGGAGGGAGCGGAGGCAGCAGAGAUCGUGGAGGAGGUGGAGGUGGAGGAGGCGGCCCAGGCGGAGGCGGCGGCGGAGGCGGCGGUGGUGGAGCAAGUCGCGACUCUGCGCCGAGGAGUGGCGCUGGUGGUGGUCAGCGCUAG